AUGGGUCUCCUUAAGCUUCUCUCCUACGCGUCUCUGGCGCUCUUUGCCACCGGGACAGCUGCGACGUCUUGGACCGCAAAUCCAGUCAAUCCACCUUCUGUUCCUCUUGCUGUUCGCACCCCAUACCUCUCUGCAUGGCUGCCUCAGGGUGCAGGCACCUCUCUCGCUGGAGCUUGGCCUCAGUUCUGGACAGGCUCUACUCUUGGGUGGGCCGGAUAUGUUCGCGUCGAUGGCAAGACCUAUACUUGGUUGGGUGAUCCCGUUGUCCCCAACCUAGCCCCUGCUCUUGCCACUCAAAAGAGCAUGACGUACACUUCAACUCAAUCCACCUUUGUUCUGAGUGCCGGUGCUGUCGACCUCACUGUCAACUUCCUCAGCCCCGUCGAGGCGAGCGACCUCGUCAAGCAGUCGACGCCGUUCUCCUAUAUGGCCAUCACGGCCAAGUCCAAUGACGGCGGAUCACAUAGUGUCCAGAUCUACUCCGACAUCAGCGGCGAGUGGGCCUCUGGCGACACAUCGCAGGCCAUCAAGUGGAGCACGGAUACCUCGAGCAACGUCUGGACGCACCAGGCCCAGCUCCAGAGCCCGCAGGUAUACACUGAGUAUCAGGAUCAUACGCAGUAUGGCGCUGCAUACUACUCUACGCAGAAUAGCCAAAGUGCCACCUGGCAAACAGGUCAAGACACUGUCGUCCGCGCCCAGUUCCUCAACAACGGCAAGCUAUCUAACGUCGGAGAUACCAACUAUCGCGCCGUCAGCAACAACUGGCCCGUCUUCGCCUUCGCACACGAUCUCGGCAGCGUCGGAACCUCGGCUUCUAGCAAUACUCUCUAUACCGUCGGCCACGUUCGCGAUCCCGCUAUUCAGUACAUCACUGCCGGCAACAACUUGCAGGACCGCAGCGCCUACUUCUGGACCAAGUACAACACGGUACAGAGUCUCAUCAGCGACUUCAUCGGCUCGUACUCGACUGCCUUAUCCGCCGCCAACACGUUCGACAACAAGGUCAAGAACGACGCGAGUGCUAUUUCUAACAACUACUAUGCUGUCGUCGCCUUGUCCAUCCGCCAAGCCAUCGGCGCCACCGAGAUUACUGUCUCCAAGAAUAGCGAUGGUACGUGGAACACCAAUGACGUCCUCAUGUUCAUGAAGGAGAUCUCCUCGGAUGGCAACGUCAAUACCGUUGACGUGAUCAUGCCCGCCUGGCCCGUCCUACUUUACCUGAACCCGACAUGGGGCAAAUACCUGCUCCUCGCUGUGCACGACCUUGGAGCCUCAUAUCCCAAAGCCAUUGGCCACAAUGCCGGCAACGACGAGAAGAUGCCGCUCGAGGAGUGCGGCAACAUGCUCAUCAUGGCCCUCAGUUACACGCAGAAGUCCAACGACCUCUCUCUCGUCAAGACGUACACGAAGCUGCUUGAGCAGUGGACGGGCUACCUCGUCCAGGAGGCGCUCAUUCCCGCGAGCCAGAUCUCUACGGAUGACUUUGCGGGGUCACUGGCGAAUCAGACGAAUUUGGCCAUCAAGGGCGUGGUUGGGAUUAAGGCGAUGUCGAUGAUUGAGGGAUUGCUGGGUAACACGGCUGCCCAGCAGAACUACAGCUCGAUCGCUUCGGGCUAUGCCCCCCAGAUCCUCAACUUCGCGACUGCCAACAACCAUCUCGAACUCAAUUACGGCGCUGCGAACACCUGGGGUCUUUCGUACAACCUCUACGCCGACAAGCUCCUCGGCACGGAUGUUUUCCCCCAGUCCACCUUCCAAAUGCAAACUGCGUGGUACAACACCGUCCGCAACCAGUACGGUGUCCCGCUCGACACGCGGCACACGUACACCAAGUCCGACUGGCAGAUCUGGACUGCCGCGCUCGUGACUGACACCACGGUGCGCAACAAUCUCAUCGACUCCGUGUAUGCGUAUAUCGCGGACGGCAAAAACAAUAUGCCGUUUAGCGACUGGUACGACACAGAGUCUGGCGCUUCGAGCGGUUUCAGGGCCAGACCCGUUGUUGGUGGCCACUUGGCGAUUCUUGCUUUGUAAACUGGGGGCUAUCCGACUAUCUCGGGUUCAUGGGGUUAUUAUUUCUUCCUUUACUUUGGGCUAUGCG